GACCGCGUAAACACACAAUAACAGAGCAGAGGUUUAAAGAGCUUUUCAAUGGGACAGAGGCUGGAGCUUGGGACGGACUCUUGCUCAGUAUUGCAGAUCUCAGCGUAAUGGCGAAGAGCUCUGACAUGGAUGAGCUCCUGGUGGCCUUUAGGAAGUUUGCGGCUCAUGGGGACCACAAAGCCGGCGUGGUCUCGGAGAUGCCGGGCCAGAAAUGGGCCAAACUCUGUAAAGACUGUAAAAUCAUUGACGGAAAGCACGUGACCAGCACCGACACCGACAUCAUCUUCUCCAAACUAGUACCAAAGACGUCUCGUGGGAUGUCCUAUGCAGACUUUAAGAAGGCUCUGGAGAUGUUGUGUCAGAAGAGGUUUCCAGACCAGAGCAAAGGGGAGGCACUGCAGUCUGUUUAUAAACUUAUCGAGGGAAAGGAGCCCGCCAACGCUGGGGUCACGAAAGUGGACAAAACUGGCGCCGUGGACCGCUUGACCGACACAUCUCGAUACACAGGCUCUCAUAAAGAGCGGUUUGACGGGAGUGGGCGAGGCCGAGGGAGGGAGGGACGAGAGUACUUGGUGGAGAACACAGGCUACGUCAGCUCUUACAGGCACCAGGGCACCUACGACAACAAGGUCAAAGGUCAAACCAGCAAACCCACCGGGCCCCCAGACAGCAAGAUCAAGUAGGAGGAGUCACAGCUGAAAAAUAACUCAAUGUGUGAUGUUGUGUUUGGGGUCAGCCAUAAGACAACUAAUUGUGUAGAGAUGCUUUUCUGUUUAAAGAAGAUAUAUGCUUUUUUUGGUAUUUAGUCACACAGUUGCCUGGCACGUCCACAAUGAUAUAUAUCAUAUCAGUCUAGUCACCACUCUCCGUGACGUCUUGAGCCUGAAUCAAACAUGAUCGUCCAAUCAGAUUUGUUUAUUUCAAUGAAACAGGUGAAACUACAGACUCAUUGGUCACCCAUAAUUUUGAACAAAAUCAAACUUCUCUCACCUAAAAGAGUUUAGUGCUUUGCUCAUUGAUUCGUGAUAUUUUUUUCUCUUUCUUUUAUCCUUGUAAGCAGCCAUAUUUGUUUUGAUAUGGACGGGCCAUGAUAUGUGUCAAUCAUGCCUGUCUGAACUUGGAAGAUUCACAUCCGCGUAAAGUAUUGGAGGAGUGUGUAUUCUGGAUCCAGGCAACUGUCACACAUGUAGAUCAUUUUACAUUUAGCAUUGUAAACUGCAAUAUUGAUCUAAAAUACAAUACAAUACUAUGAAAUAGAAAAUGGUCCAUUGACUUUCUGUUUAAAACUGCAGAACUGAUUCUCUGGAUCUGGGCUCACAGUGAAGUGUGAUACACCUAUAAUAACCACUUACGUCAUUUGUAUUUUUUUUCCAUACUGCCCAACUCCCAUGAGACUGUAGUCUCCUCCUCAGAAACAUACCUAGAGUUGUGUUUUGUUUGAUUCACACAUGUUUGAGUAAUCCUGGAUUAUUUGGUCUACAUCACCAAAGCUCAAAAUGCUCUGUUUAACCUUGUGAUGUCAUUUUGUGGUAGUUUUAAGGUUACAGCUAUGUUUAGCCUCAGUUCAACUGCUUUACUCUUCAGUGUUCUAGAAAAAAACUUUAGUUGUUGCUUUAUUUUUUAUAUUUUAGUUUUACCCUUUGUUCAGUUGAGAUUGUCACAGAAAGUCUCUAAUAUCUGCUGAUGCACCGAGGAAUGAAGCAUUUUCAAUGAGGCUAAAACAAUAGUUGUAACUUCAAAGAAUGAAACAAAACAUAACUCCAGAAAUAUUUGUCAUGAGGAAACAACAUUAUAACAUAGAUUAAAAAUAGUGCAAUGUAGGCCCUUUAAUUUUGAUAUUUUCUGAUGAAACUGGACCAAAUGCACUGAAGAUAUGACCAAAAGAAAACUCACAUAUGAACCUCAGUCAUGCAGUUUACAGAUGAACAUCAUGCAGUUUACUGAUGAAUGUUUAUAUGUUGGUUUCACGUUGCUUUGUUUCUGUUCUGUCUAUGUCCACUGCCCUCUCCAUUCAUUUACUCUCUGUUUAUCCUGGUUUAUUUUUCCUAUUGUCAAAACGUUUGCUUGUAACAAGUUAAUAAAACAAGGUUAAGUUAAUUGCA